AUGAGUAUGGCUACCAUCUUUCACCGUGUCUUUCUCUCACUCAGAGAGAUCAAAGAUAGUGAAGGGGAAGAUGAUGACGACGACAAGGAAGAGAGGAAACAUUUAACUUUUUUAAAUCAGGUUGGCAAUCCAACGGAUAGCUCGGGAUUAAAAAGACACCUUGGAGCCAAUAGCAACGGAGGAGAAGGAAAACAAAGGCAGGAACAAGGGCUAGCAAACUAG